AUGGCUCGCCUCGCCGCGCUGUGCAUCCUGGCAGCUGCUGCCUGCUGCCUUCUCCGCUCGUUGACCUUCGUGUCCGCGCCUGCCGCCCGUAGCGACGCGCUGACCGCGGCCACUGGUGCAGCCGUGCUUGCCAGCAUCCCAGCCGGGGCGGAUGCCUUCGUCUACAAGGGCAAGGAGUACUUCGAUGUUUUCUACGGCAUUGACCCCUUGGCCUGGGCGUUCUGCGGCUUCAGCAUCGUGUACUUCGGUGCAGUCUUGAAGAACGCAGCCCAGAAGUACAACAUCUCCCCGGACAAGACGCCACCAAAGGUCGGUGGCUUUGUCGGCAAGGAGGUCGAGAACGGGGAGCCCAGCUACAUGGACCCAUCCAUCAAGCAGGGCCCGUACUGA